AUGUCACCUAGGGGUAAAGCUGUUAUGGGUAAAACGAUAAGAGGAUUUGCAUAUCAGCUUGCUAAAGAAUAUGGCAAAUCUUUCCCAGAAAGCUGGACAACUAAUGGUAUGGCUGGAGAGAACUGGUUUAUGGGGUUUAGAAAACGACAUUCCCAACUUUCGAUUCGUACCCCUGAAGCUACUAGUCUAGCAAGACUAUAUAAUUCUUAUAACUUUGAACCACAUAAUAUAUGGAAUGCAGAUGAAAGUGGUUUCACCACCGUUCAAACUCCUGCAAAAAUUAUAGCACAGAAGGGUGCCAAACAAGUCGGCUCUAUAACGUCAGGAGAAAGAGGAACGUUAGUUACAAUAUGUUUAGCCAUCAAUGCUAUAGGCCAUAGCAUUCCACCAUUUUUUAUUUUUCCAAGAAAACGAUACAAAGAUCACUUUAUUCGUGAUGGGCCUAUUGGAUCUAAGGGUGUGGGAAACACAUCGGGUUGCAUUGCAUCCAAUGAGAAAAAUGUCUUAUUAAUCUUAGAUAACCAUAGCUCUCAUUGUUCAAUUUCCGUUAUAAACUAUUGUCGCUCCAAUGGGAUUGUUAUUCUAACACUUCCACCACAUUGCUCGCAUAAACUCCAACCAUUAGACAAAGCAGUUUAUGGGCCAUUGAAAAAGUUUUAUAAUGGAGCUAUUGACACAUGGAUGAGAAAUCAUGUGGGGCAACAAUUUCAGAUUUAUGAUAUUCCAGGAGUGUUAAAAAAUGAAAUACCAAGGGCAGUGACACCAAAUAAUAUAUUAAAUGGGUUCUUAGCAUGUGGCAUAUUUCCUUUAAACCCAAAUAUAUUUACAGAACAAGAUUAUAUCUGCUUGACUCAAAAUCUUACAGUGACUCAAAAUAAUGAUAGUGAUUUAUCUAUAUUAUUGAACGAAAAUGUUCCAGAUGAUAUUGAUGAACCCUAUCAUGAUAUUCGCGAGGGCGAUGAAUGGCUAAAAUGUACAAUGUGCCUUGAAUGGGCACAUUCUAAAUGUGCUAAUUAUGAUAAUUAUUUUACAUGUCCUUAUUGUAUCGAUUAG